UCUCUGCAAUGGGGUCGCAGUAAGAGCCAACCAGAAUCUGAUCUGUGACAACCUACUACCCCGGAGGAACCUGCUCCUGCAGACACGGCUAAUUAAUGAUGUCACCAGUAUCCGGCCGAACAUUUUCCUGGGAGUUGCUGAAGGCUCGCCACAGUACAAGAAGUGGUACUUUGAAUUAAUUAUCGACCAGGUGGACCCUUUCCUCACAGCAGAGCCCACACACCUGCGAGUGGGCUGGGCCUCUUCAGGCUAUGCCCCAUACCCUGGAGGUGGAGAAGGGUGGGGAGGCAAUGGUGUUGGUGAUGACCUAUACUCCUAUGGCUUUGAUGGACUUCAUCUUUGGUCAGGCCGGAUACCCAGAGCUGUGGCCUCCAUCAACCAGCAUCUGCUGAAGUCAGAUGAUGUGGUGAGCUGCUGCCUUGACCUUGGAGUACCCAGCAUUUCUUUCCGAAUCAAUGGGCAACCUGUGCAGGGGAUGUUUGAGAAUUUCAAACACAGAUGGACUCUUCUUCCCUGUGAUGAGCUUUUCAGCUGGUGUCAAAGUACGUUUCCUGAUGGGUGGUCGGCAUGGAGAAUUUAAGUUCCUGCCUCCCUCUGGCUAUGCCCCUUGCUAUGAAGCCUUACUUCCAAAGGAGAAGAUGAGAUUGGAGCCUGUCAAAGAGUAUAAACGUGAUGCUGAUGGUGUUAGGGAUCUGUUGGGUACCACUCAGUUCCUCUCCCAAGCCUCUUUCAUCCCUUGCCCCAUAGACACCAGUCAGGUUGUUUUGCCACUUCACCUAGAGAAGAUCCGAGACCGACUGGCUGAAAAUAUCCAUGAGCUUUGGGGAAUGAAUAAAAUAGAACUCGGCUGGACUUUUGGCAAAAUACGAGAUGACAACAAAAGACAACACCCCUGCCUUGUAGAGUUUUCAAAGCUCCCUGAAACUGAGAAGAAUUAUAACCUGCAAAUGUCAACUGAAACCUUGAAAACCCUGCUGGCCCUGGGGUGCCACAUUGCUCAUGUUAAUCCGGCUGCUGAAGAGGAUCUCAAGAGAGUCAAACUGCCCAAAAACUAUAUGAUGUCCAAUGGGUAUAAGCCAGCCCCUUUGGAUUUAUCUGAUGUUAAGCUGUUACCACCUCAAGAAGUGUUAGUGGAUAAGCUUGCAGAAAAUGCACACAAUGUUUGGGCAAAGGACAGAAUAAAACAAGGAUGGACCUAUGGCAUUCAACAGGAUUUGAAGAACAAAAGAAAUCCCCGUCUGGUGCCAUAUGUAUUACUGGAUGAGCGUACCAAGAAAUCAAAUAGGGACAGCCUACGUGAAGCUGUACGAACAUUUGUUGGUUAUGGGUAUAACAUUGAGCCAUCGGACCAAGAACUAGUAGCUGACCCUACUGUUGAGAAGGUCAGCAUAGACAAGAUUCGAUUUUUCCGGGUAGAACGGUCAUAUGCCGUAAAGUCUGGAAAGUGGUACUUUGAAUUUGAAGUUAUAACUGGAGGAGACAUGCGUGUUGGCUGGGCCAGGCCAGGCUGUCGUCCUGACAUUGAACUGGGGGCUGAUGACCAAGCCUUUGUGUUUGAAGGCAGCAGGGGUCAGCGUUGGCACCAAGGUAGUGGGUAUUUUGGACGAACUUGGCAGCCGGGAGAUGUGGUCGGGUGUAUGAUUAACCUGGAUGAUGCUUCAAUGAUCUUCACACUGAAUGGGGAGCUGCUGAUCACCAACAAAGGCUCUGAACUUGCCUUUGCUGACUAUGAGGUUGAGAAUGGUUUUGUGCCCAUUUGCUCUCUGGGGCUGUCGCAGAUUGGCCGCAUGAAUCUUGGGACAGAUGCCAGCACCUUCAAAUUUUAUACCAUGUGUGGCCUCCAGGAGGGCUUCGAGCCUUUUGCAGUAAAUAUGAACCGAGAUGUUGCAGUGUGGUUCAGCAAGCGCCUCCCAACGUUUGUGAAUGUGCCAAAGGAUCAUCCCCACAUAGAGGUUGUGAGAAUUGACGGCACCAUGGACAGCCCCCCAUGCCUCAAGGUGACCCACAAGACAUUCGGCACACAGAACAGCAAUGCCAACAUGAUCUACUGCCGCCUGAGCAUGCCCAUCGAAUGCCACUCCUCUUUCAGCCACAGCCCCUGUCUAGACAGUGAAGCCUUCCAGAAAAGGAAACAGAUGCAAGAAAUACUCUCUCACACAACAACGCAAUGCUACUAUGCUAUCCGCAUUUUUGCUGGGCAGGAUCCAUCAUGUGUCUGGGUUGGAUGGGUGACUCCAGACUACCAUUUAUACAGUGAAAAGUUUGACCUGAAUAAAAACUGUACCGUGACUGUCACCCUGGGAGAUGAAAGAGGUCGGGUCCAUGAAAGUGUGAAACGAAGCAACUGCUAUAUGGUCUGGGGUGGGGACAUUGUAGCCAGUUCCCAAAGAUCAAGUCGGAGCAAUGUAGACCUGGAGAUUGGCUGCCUUGUAGAUCUGGCAAUGGGCAUGUUGUCCUUCUCAGCUAAUGGGAAGGAACUUGGCACCUGCUAUCAGGUGGAGCCUAACACCAAAGUAUUUCCAGCAGUCUUCCUCCAGCCUACAAGCACUUCUUUGUUUCAGUUUGAACUUGGAAAACUGAAGAAUACAAUGCCCUUGUCAGCAGCCAUAUUUAAGAGUGAAGAGAAGAACCCCAUCCCACAGUGUCCACCUAGGCUGGAUGUCCAAACAAUCCAGCCUGUGCUGUGGAGUCGCAUGCCCAGCAGCUUUCUCAAAGUGGAGACAGAGCGGGUGAGCGAGCGCCAUGGCUGGGUGGUGCAGUGCCUAGAACCUCUGCAAAUGAUGGCACUCCACAUCCCGGAGGAGAGCAGGUGUGUGGACAUCCUUGAGCUCUGUGAGCAGGAGGACCUGAUGCAGUUCCAUUACCAUACCCUGAGACUUUACAGUGCUGUGUGUGCCCUGGGAAACAGCCGUGUUGCCUAUGCCCUGUGCAGCCAUGUGGACCUCUCACAGCUCUUCUAUGCCAUUGACAACAAGUAUUUGCCCGGCCUCCUUCGAUCUGGUUUCUAUGACCUGCUCAUUAGCAUCCACCUGGCCAAUGCUAAGGAGAGGAAGCUGAUGAUGAAGAAUGAGUACAUCAUCCCCAUCACCAGCGCCACCAGGAAUAUCCGCCUGUACCCAGAUGAGUCCAAGAGGCAUGGACUGCCUGGGGUGGGCCUGAGGACAUGCCUUAAGCCGGGCUUCCGGUUCUCUACCCCUUGCUUUGUGGUGACUAAUGAGGAGCAUCAGAAGCAGAGCCCUGAGAUUCCCUUGGAGAUUCUCAAGACAAAGGCUCUAAGCAUGCUGACAGAGGCUGUACAUUGCAGUGGGGCCCAUAUCCGAGACCCUGUGGGGGGUUCUGUAGAGUUCCAGUUUGUGCCUGUGCUGAAACUCAUCGGAACCCUCCUAGUCAUGGGCGUUUUUGAUGAUGAUGAUGUUCGUCAGAUUCUCCUCUUGAUUGAUCCCUCUGUGUUCGGGGAGCACAGUGGGGAGAUGGAAGAGGGAACAGAAAAAGAAAUGACCCAAGUAGAGGAAAAGGCAGUGGAGGCUGGAGAAAAGGCCAGCAAGGAGGCUCCAGUCAAAGGCUUGUUGCAGACCCGAUUACCUGAGUCUGUCAAGCUGCAGAUGUGUGAACUCCUCAGCUACCUCUGUGAUUGUGAACUGCAGCAUCGAGUAGAAGCUAUUGUGGCAUUUGGUGACAUUUACGUGUCCAAGCUUCAGGCAAAUCAGAAGUUCCGCUACAAUGAGCUCAUGCAGGCUCUGAACAUGUCUGCAGCCCUAACUGCCCGAAAGACCAGAGAGUUCCGUUCACCACCCCAGGAGCAGAUCAACAUGCUCCUCAACUUUCACCUGGGAGAGAACUGCCCCUGCCCAGAGGAGAUCCGAGAGGAGCUGUAUGACUUCCAUGAGGACCUUCUGGUUCACUGUGGAGUUCCCUUGGAGGAAGAAGAAGAGGAGGAGGAGGACACUUCCUGGACAGGAAAACUUCGUGCUUUGGUGUAUAAAAUCAAGGGCCCACCCAAGCCAGAGAAGGAACAACCAACAGAGGAAGAGGAACAGCAUCCUAGUAAGUGGCACUGCCUUUCAAUCACAUUGCCCACACCUCUGUACUCUGCUGAGACUUAAUCAGGGUAACUGGUUCUCUCACAUACACUCUAAGACACUCGA